AUGGCAGAAAUUGGAAAUGAUCGCUGUUUCCAUUUGUAUUCAACCUGCACAAAGCAAAAGUACAACAUCUCAUGUUUCUGGGAAACGCAGCCGUUAGGCUGUGUGAGGAUCAGUUGUGUCUUCCAUCAUAGUAAACCUCGUAAUAUAAAUGGACUUUUUUUGCCACCUAGUAGCAAUACUACAUUGCAACAGGAUGUCCAGGAAGGGACUGUAUAUCCAGCCUGUGGUCAAGAAUCACUCAAAAAUCAGGAGACUAUUUUAAGACCAAUUCACCCUCCAUUGAUUAUAAACAUUAAUCACCAAGAGGAUGAAGAGGAGGAUGAAGAGGAAGCAAAUGAUGCUUCUUAUUUGUUGGCUAAGACUGCUUCAGAUAUUGAGGAGGAAAGAGCAAUAAAGGAAAUGUGCUAUAAAUCUGGAGAAUAUUACAGGAUUCAAUCUCUUCAGGAACACCAAUCAGCAAAAAUCAUGUCUUCAGCUCUGGAAGAUGAGCUACUACCCUUGGGAGCUGUCAAGAGAGAUUUACAGAAAGGUGAUGGUAAUACAAUUCCUACAGCAUUUAAUAAUUCAAAAGGACAAAGAGUGACUUCAUUAUCAUUAGAGGAUAAUAUCAGAACUGAUCUUAGAACAUUUGAAAAUGGAGGAGGUGAUUGUUUUGCAGCACAGAGAAACAUAUUUGUUGAAGGAAAAGGAAGUGAGGCAUUAACUGGGGAAAAAGAACUAAUUAUAUCAAAAUAUUCAAAUAUGAAAGCAACACACAUCACUGAACUGGUAGAGAAACAUCAUUUUAAAGGAGUAAAGAAAAAGAAAUGGAUUUCUGAGGAGACAAGAAACUCACCUAAUGUAGUAACAGGCAAAGCAAUGCACACUUCAAACCUCCAAAUUAAAGCAAAUUAUCAAAGAAAUGAUCAAAGUAAGGAAGAUGAGAAAGCUUCUUAUAUUCCUUCUGUGAGAGCAGCUGGAAGAAGGACUUAUUUGAAUUCUUCAGAACCUGGAAGAUCAGCAUAUGUGUUUUACCGUAAUGUUACAGUCAUUCAAGAACCGAAGCUUAGUGGAUCUAUGGACAAAAGUACUUCAGGACCUUAUAAUGCACCAGCUUGGAGAAAAAGAAACCCACGUGCAAAAACAUUCUCUAAGCUGAAAACAACCAUUCAGCAGAGCCAAGAAGAACUGGAAACAAAUAAAAAGGGAGAGAAAUUUGCAGACAGGAGGAAGAAGUGA